AUGCGAAAGGACUACCCACACCUCUUUUUAGGCAGCAGCUUUUUUCUUCCUCAUAAGCUGCUGCGACGCCAUUACAGCAAGGGAGGGAGAGGAGAUUCACAAACCCUCACCAUUCCUUCCAACUACCAUAACUUCCUCAUCCGGGCUCCGAUCGCCGCACCGUUUGCGGCCACGCGUCGGGCUCGUCGAGCUCUUCAAUUCUAUCCAAACAAAACAGGGUCCACUAGACUUGAUUUCUUGUGGGUAUUGCCCAAGGAUCAGUGGGUAAAGAUGCAGGUCGAGAGGCUCCUCGCUAGGCGUCUGGAUUCUGGAAAGCAAAGUAGUCCUUGGGUGUAUUUUGGUUUCUAUUUGUAUAUAUGUAUAUAUAUGUGUAGCUUACUCUCCAAGUAACUUAUGUAUGCUGCUCCUCUUAGAGGUUGAGGGAGAGAUAGGAGUUUACUUUGGUAUUUUGGUAUAUUUUGGGACACUUAUGUAUGUUUAUAUGUAUAUAUGUAUCCUCCGGCCAGCCUUAGCUUCGCAGGCUGAGUCAGAGGCUAGUUAUGCUGUUCCUUGGCUUUUCUUUAUCCCUUCGUUUAUUGUUUUAUCAUGUUCCUAUUAGGUUUCUUAGCACGCAAGUAAUCCUAUUCCUUGAGCGUUGCGCUUUUUAUUUUGCGAUUUUUGUUUACCCGCUCUGUUUCAAGGCUCCUAGUAUAUUAUUUCUUUCAGUAUUAUAUGU